AUGCCUUCGUGGUUCAACGAGGGUAUCAAGCGGAAGGCCGACGGGGAGGAGGAGGGGGAGCUAGAGGGCAAGGACAAGAAGGGCAAGGGGGGCAGCGGGGGCGGCAGCGGCAGCAGCAGCGGGUUGGAGAAGAAGGUCGACACCGUCAUUCGUCUCGUGCUCACCAAUUCACGCGAGAUAGCCGAUUUGGGCGCCAGCGUGUUCCUUCGUUACCUGCUCGCGGUGUCUACCCCCCUCGUGGCCGCCAUUCUCGCAGCAGGGAAAGAUUACGACCGCAAGUCACAGGAGAUGAAAGAAAAGGCAAAGGGGGGGGAGAAGGUGGACUUCAAGAAUCGUCCCUCCCCUCACGUGUGUAUACUCACGGCAGCCGUACACUACGGCGCGACCAAGGCAGUCCAGGAGGGCAAUAUGAAAGCAAGGGACGAGAAGAACAAGGAGUUAAUGAACCAGUUUUGGACAGAGAGGUUCGUGAAUCUCGACUGGAGGGAGAUCGGCAGGGCAUGUGGGCACUUUCGCAUCAAGACUCACCGCAAGGAGGAGGGGGCAGUGCAGACGUGCACGCUGUAUAUGCAAUUCCACACGCGGGAUCCGAUCGCAGACGUCCUUUGCGGGUUGAUGGAGGAGUUGGUGAAAGUGGAGAAGAUAUCCUUGCCGGUUGUGCCGUCCCAGUCCGCGCUGGCCAAGGAGACGGGGUCGCCGCGGUCCACGACGCAGCCCAGCGAGGAGGGGAUGACUCGCUCGGUGGACGAGCUCAGCGCGCCCGGCAGAGAGGCAGAGAAUAGCCCCCUGCUGACGCCGCGCAGCCCGGCGGCCGCCUCGGGGCGGCGGCAGUCGCACGGCAGCCCCGCGCUGACGCCGCGCAGCUCGGUGUCGCUCUUCGAGGCGGCGGGCUCCAAGGACGACUUGUCGGUGGUGCCCUUCCUGGAGUUCGAGAAGGCGCGUCCGGCGCUGGGCGGCGCCGGAGGCGAGCCCGCGGCCCCUGCGGCUGGCAGCGCCGACGGCGGCGGGGGCUCGGCGGCUGGCAGCCCGCGGCCCCCGGGCUUCUCGCCGGCGUCGGGCGGGGGCUCCUCGGUGGGCGAGGCCGCGGCCCGCGGCGGGGGCCGCCGGUGCUCGGCGUGCCGGGCGGCAUGCUGGCAGUCGCCCACGGUGCUGGAGGUUGUCCACCGCGGGGCGGCCGUGGAGCGGCCGUGGGACGCGGCCGCGCCUGCCCGCGGGGGGGCCGACGUGGGGGAGCAGCGCUGUGAGGGGCGAGUGCCGCUCGUGUCGCCCAUGCCCGAGGAGGCCCCCGCGGGCCCGCUCGGCGAGGCUGCGGCGCAGCAUGUCCGGCAGCAGGCGUCGCGCAGGUGCGCGCGAGCGACGGACGUCUGGCGCUCCACCGCGGCAGCGGCGGUGCAGCGGAUCGCGCGGGGGCGGCCAGAGCGGCGCGUGGUGGCCGCUGCGAGGGCAGCCAGCAGCGCCGCGAGCAGCCGCAGCCCCAUGCAGCGCACGGGGCCGCCGCCCCCGCCCCAGGAGGGGCCGCGGACAACUGGCAGGAGCGUGCUGGACGUUCCACGGAGCUGGUCGACGAUGGCGACGCGGUGGCGGACACGCGCGGAGCGGCGGUGGUCGACGCGGGAGCUGAUCGAGACCAACCUGACCGUCUACAACCAGAAGCACAAGGCGAAGGCCUGCAAAUACUGCAAGGGCGAGAAGCACGUCCCUCCGGACUCGCGGGCCUGCCGCCCGCCCGGCCCCCGGCACCCGGGGCUGGGCGACAGCGCACAGCCGCUCAACCUCAUCGGCUGGCCCAUCGGCUACGACACGGAGUACGACUCGAACGCCAAGGACAUCCAGGAGGCGCAGGCGGAAGGAGCCGCGCUGGCGGCCGGGCCCGCCCCGACGCCUCGAGGAGCAGGUGCGGCGCAGCUCUGGGCGCCGAGGAUGUCGGAGCCCACGGCCCCCGUCCGACAGGACACCCCCAGCGGGGCGAGGCGGUCGGGUUGCGGCGGGGUCGCCGGGGCCGCUCGGCCGAGAGAACCGCCGCAGCACGGCAAAUUGCCGCCGCGGUCGACGAGGAGCUCGAAAGGCUCGGCGCACACCGAGCAGGUGGCCGAGUUGCUGGCCGCUCGGGGGACUUUCGCCGUCGUCGGGGCGGAGCAGCGCGCGGCGGUUGGCUCUCGGGCGCCGCGCGGAGUGGACCCGAUGCCACAGCAGGCGCGCAAUGGAGACCUGUCUGGGAGCGCCGCCGCCCUGGAGCGGCCGUCGCCGCGGCACACGGGCGAGCGGGGGCGAGAGGCUGGCCGCCUCGCGGCCCUCGCCCGCUGGGCCGCCGAGGGCUCGCGGGCCGCCGAGGCCGCCGACGAGGCGCCCCCGCCGCCGCGCCUGCGGGCGCCCGCGGACGACAUCGACAAGAGACAACUCGACAAUCUCAUUGACAACAACAAGGACAUGACCAUCGACCAUCUCUGCGAUUAUGUCGAAGCCAACAAGGACGGUAAGGCCCCGCCUCCCGACAGCGCAGCGAAGCAGGCCGCCACAGGUAGCAUGACCACAGUACGCGAAGGAGCUGAGACGCCAGUCGAGGAGCCACAAAUUGGAAUUCGCACAGGAGCGAUGACAGCGGACAUCCGGCGCGACGCGGCCAACCGACUGGUCGACACCAUAAGCACCAUCUACCACGACAAGAACGCAAAGUUUGUUAGGAUGCGCAGGCGCAAGAUCAUCAAGGACAGUCUGACCAACGCCAUCAACCCACGCGCCAUGCAUGACCAAGCUCAUGACCCACAUCUGCGAGAUCGACACGAGCGCGAUCAGAUCAUGAACAACCUCGCCGGCGCGCUGCCGAACAACCAGGGAAACCAGAUUCGCCCACCACUCGCCCCAUGCAUCACGACGGCGAACCAGAGGGUGCUGACGCAGUGCGUUAUGCACCCUCCGCGCAGCAUAAUGGCACACCCAACCACAGGCGACGCCCAAGAUGCGACCUUUCCAUGCCACUACAAUCCAUCGCCGUUGCGAUAA